GCACAUUACGGGAUUUCUGUGGGGCUUAUAUCCCCUUUAAUAAAUACAUUAGGAAAUUGCAUACAUAGCAACUCCCUGGUAUGAUCCAAGCAGCCUCGUACGAGCAGCACUUAUAUAGUUAUAACGUAGACCAGGCAUGCUAAACUUGCGGCCCGCCAGCUGUUGUAAAACUACACCUCCCACAAUGCCCUGCUGUAGGCUGUUCGGGCAUGCUGGGAGUUGUAGUUUUGCAACAGCUGGAGGGCCGCAGGUUGAGCAGGCCUGACGUAGACGAUCGCAUUUACCAUAUCUCGCUGUGUCACCCCUCUCUCUCUUGUGACUAGAGACCUCCUCGCGGCUCACAAUGUCUUCCAUGACUUUAGAACGCUCCAUUGCCUCGCGAGAAAGCACGGUGACCGGAACGGGAUCCAGAGGUUCUCAUCCCUCUGCCCCAAGGUCCAUCCUAAGCUCGGCCAAGUCUUGGACAGAUGCCAAGUCUGUCGUGUCAGCACACGAGGGCAAGAAGAAGAAAAAGAAUGACGCCAACCCGUUCAAGAUCCCACCUGAUGUGGACAUCUUCCAGAUUAGAGACCAAGAGAGAGAGAAAAAGCAAAUGGAAAAGGAGCGGAACAAACAUCUGAAGGUUCACCAGAAGACGACCUACAACACAAGGAUGAACGCAGAGAUUGGCCGGCUGAGGAAGGAGAUUGAGGACGAGGAGAUGGAAGAGAUGGGAGCGGAGGUGGACAAGGCCCUGGAUCCGCAGGAGAACGCCUCCUGGAAACUGGCAGUGAUCAGAGACAGGAACGUCCAGCGGGAAAGUGUGAAUGACUACAUCAACAAGAAGAGAGAGAUGUUCCGCCUGGAGUACGGCCUCCAAGUGAAAAGAGAUGAGAUCCAGAAGCUGGAGACCAUGGCCGCCACGGAGGAGCAGAAGCUGGAGAAAGCGGAGCAGUUUCUGGAACAGGACGCCAUCAGAUUCGAUGAGUUCCUGAAAGAGAAUGACAGGAAUUCGGUGGAGGCCAUGAAACAGGCCGACAAGGAAACAAAGCUGAAACUGGAGAGAGCGGCAGAGAUCAAGGGGCUGACGGCGCAAAUGAUGAACAUCAAAAGUGACAUUGCAAAGUCGGAGGAGAUUCUGCGGGAAUACCUCAUGUACAAGGAGUUUCUCUUCAGAUUGUCUCCUAAGGAGUGGCAGGAGCAAAGGCUGAAGAAGAAGGAGAGCGAGAGCAAGAAACAGCGAGAGCCGCUUAUCAGCCGCCAGAAGGAGAAGAGCAGCUCCGGGUCUCACAAGGUGUCUGCAUCCCCGAUGCUGGGAAAGAAACCAGAGUCUCGUUCUUCCGGACCCCUGGCCAGCCGUGAUUCCAUCCGGGACAUCCGUCAGCCGUCCCGAUCCAGCCUGAAGACUGUGGCCUCUAAGAAAAUGAGCAGUACGAUAGUCCUAGAAGACGAUAACAGUUCCGAAAACCUGGUGUCCUCUGACAGUGAAGAGGAGCCGGAGCUGUACUUUACUGAUCCACAACAACUACUCAACAUCUUCUCUGAAAUGGAGGAACGGAACCUGUCGCUGAUCCAGAACUCACAGGAAACAGAACAGGCCUUAGAGGAGAUCAAGCACACCAUCACCAUGACGGAGAAGAAAAUGGAAAAUGAGACUCAACAGCUGAAAGCCCAGAUUGCUCACCUGCAGCAAGCGAUAGUUCAGGAGGACGAGCAAGCAGUAGAUCUCGAAAUGAAAUGCAGAGUAUUUGCCUUUGGCCAGUACAGUUUUGAAGAGCAGGAGAAGAUGUUGACAUCUCUCACCAAGAAAGUAGGUGAAGUGUACCAGGCCUGUAUAAAGGAGAACAGAGCCAAUCUCAACGCCCUGCAGAUGUUAACCAUGAUGGAGCAGCAGGUAGAGGAGCUCUUAGACAACAUUGAAACCAUCCCUAAAGAAAGGCUCGAGACUGCAGAAAAGGCAAAGGAGAAGGAGCGUCGGCUGAGAUUGAGAGAUGAGAAAAUUAUACAGCAAAAGCUGCACCAGGAGGAGAGGCUGCGCCGCGCUUUAGAAAGGGCACAAGCCGACCCCAAGAAAACAACCGGCAGAAAACUGAUGACCCGCUCUGAUCCACCAGCAAUGAAACCCAAAAUUGAGAAAGACCAAGAUGCUGACAAAGAGAAGGAAGAAGCCUUGUAUUUUUUCCGCUAGCAUUGGAGUCAUCCAGAUCUCCUGUAUUGUUUUAUCGUUUUCUGAAGUGGCGGGUGACAGUGCGGCCGUGCUUCCUCCCGCUCGCUGGGACAGCCGCCUUUGUAAAGAGAAAUGCUGGCGUCUUUCAUGUUACAGCUAUUACAAAUAAAGGGCCUUGUCCAUAAUGACAUCAUAUUUUUAGUUAAUGAGCCUCUGGCAGACAAUUAUUGUCACCUUAAAAUGGGUUUUUCCAGGACUUAGAUAUUCAGGUUAGGGGUGCGACCACACUCGCCAAUCUGCUGUUUUGGACAGCUGCCAGCACUGGAAACUAUACAGUAAAUGGAACCGGAAGGACGUGGUUCUGUACACGAACCAAGCCACGGUAACUGCAGCUAAGCUCCCUUUCCAGCAAAUGGGGGUGGAGUGCAGGGUGUCGGACGCCCAUCGAUCUAUCUAUUCGGAGGAUAGGUCAUCAGUAUCUACUACAAAACCCCUUUGGCCAGACACACAAGAGAGUUCAAUGAUUUGUAAUGCUGAGUGACCCUCAGAGUCCUGAAAUCUAUCGUACUACAGUGACAGCAUUAUGUCAGUGUAAUUCAGUAGAUUCCAGGACUCUCAGG